AUGGAUUCAGCCACAAGCCAAAGAUUAUCGAUUUCUCUAACAGCAACCCUCUCCCUAAUCCUGAUACAUUUGACUCUAGUCAACUCUUUCACUGAAAUCCCAACAGCAUACGAGGUUCUUGAGGACUACAACUUCCCAGUUGGCCUUCUUCCAGAAGAGGUGGUGACAGGCUACAAGCUCAACCACAGAACAGGUGAAUUCUCAGCCUAUCUCAAUGAUAGCUGCAGCGUCUAUGAAGGAGGAUACCGUUUGAAAUACGAGCCCACUAUCAAAGGUUACAUAUCAAACGGCAAGAUAUCUAGCUUGGAAGGUGUUAGUGUGAUGUUCUUUCAUAAGUGGAGAAAAAUUGUUGAGAUCCUCCGGCGUGACAAUCAUAUUCAUUUCUCUGCGGGGGUGGCAAGAGACAGGUUCCAUAUUAAGGACUUUGAGGAAUCUCCUCAAUGUGUACCAAAUGGGAUUGGAUUCAUUCUUGGAAUAGCUCAGAUUGUGCUCUAUGCUAUAUACUGGAAAUCCAAGGCAUCCCAAAAUCUUUCAGAUGAGUUGGCAGAUGAAUGGCAGCACAAGCUUCUGAUCCAUGAAAACAGUGAAGAAUUUAGGUUUAACAUUGAAUGA